CACUUUACCACGGACACAAACUGCAUGAGUUUCCGGCUUAUAAAGACGUACAAAAACUUGUGGUUGAGAAAUAACCUGCAAAAUAUUCCUAUUUAAACCCCUUUUCUCAAUCUUUCACCUUUGCUAUUCCCCCGUGUUAGACCUAUCAGGCGAUACCUUUUUGCUAUGUCCUCAAUCACUUAUACGGCCGCGCCAAAUCCUGCUGCAACCAUCGCCCAUGAGCGGGCCCAGACCACAUUCGAUACCGACGCUAUGAAUCUCUUUUUGGAAGGUGGCGACCCGCAGCAUGUGGCGCUUAUCAAGGAAACACUUUUGCAGUUGGAGCGCGACCCGGUGUUUCGCACAGGCCCGCAGUACUAUGACCUCACCACGCCCGAACACAGGGAGGAGACGGCUAAGAAAAUCGCGCGUUUUGCGCAGUACUUGGAGGUGGAUGCCCGCAACAACAAUUCCGCCGCCACCAAGGUUAGGCUCGACUUUUUGAGUGUGUUGGACCCCCAAAUGCUCUCCCGGACCCAGAUCUUCUUGGUGUUAUUCCUCAACUGUAUCAAGGGGAACGGAUCGCCAGAGCAGUACCGCUUCUGGUGCGAGCAACUGAAGGCAAACCAGAUGCGCAACAUGUAUGGCUGCUUCGCCAUGACGGAGUUGGCACACGGCUCUAACGUUGCCGGCUUGGAAACCACUGCGACGCUUGACUUGGACACAGAUGAGUUUGUGCUCACGACCCCGCAUAUUGGCGCUACAAAGUGGUGGAUCGGAAUGGCUGCCCACACCGCGACCCAUGCCGUGGUAUAUGCCCGCUUAGUGGUCAAGAAAGACACCGUCAAUGACUACGGUGUCAAGGCGUUUGUGGUACCGUUGAGGGACGCCAAUCACGACUUGCUCCCAGGGGUUUCUGUGGGCGACAUUGGCGCCAAGAUGGGGCGUCACGGCAUCGACAACGGCUGGAUCCAGUUCAAUUGCGUGCGCGUUCCCCGCGGCUACAUGUUACUGAAGUUUGCCCAGGUCGACCGUGAAGGGAACGUGAAGGACUCUCCACUAAACCAGUUGGCGUACGCACCAUUAAUCAACGGGAGAGUCCAGAUGGUGGCAGAUUCGUUCAGAUUUGGUGCCCGCUUCACCACCAUCGCGUUAAGAUAUGCUGUCGCGCGUAAACAGUUUGGGAAGGCGUCUGACGGCGAGGAGAAGCAGUUGUUGGACUAUCCGUUGCACCAGACGAGAUUGUUGCCCAGCUUGGCCGCCACAUACGUUAUGGCUGCGGCUUCCCACAAGUUGAGAGCCUACCAGGACCAUGUGCUUGAGCAGUUGGGACUGGUGCGCGAGACUGAUAAGUCCGGCUUAAACGACGCUAUUAGCGCGAUGAAGCACUUAUUUGUGGUUUCUGCCUCGUUGAAGGCGACAUUUACCUGGUUGACUGCUCUGUUGAUCGAUGAAUGCCGCCAGGCCUGUGGUGGCCACGGUUACUCGGCCUACACUGGGUUUUCCAAGGGCUACGAAGAUUGGGUUGUGCAGUGCACCUGGGAGGGGGAUAACAACGUCUUGAGUAUGAGCGCUGCCAAGUCGAUCGUUCAAGCGUUGAAGAAGGGUAAGGACUUGCAUUCGGAUUUGGCGUUCUUGGCCUCUAAGAGCUUGUCUGGCAAGCUCCCGAUCUUGUCCUCGUUUGCGUCCGGGGUAGCCAGCGCGGAUCAUUUGAAGGUGAUUCUUAAGGCGUUCCACGGUUUGAUUAUCCGUGCUGGAGAAAACUGCAUUGUCGUACUAAAGGAAAAUGGCAACGAUUGGGACGAAUUAGGUCAGCUCCAGGUCGGAAUCACUAGAGUGUUUGCCCACUCCUACGCGUUGGGGGUGUUUUUGGAAACUAUCCCAGCAGGUUUACAACCUCAGUUGAGGGCGAUUGCUGAGUUGCAUGCAUUGUCAGUUAUUACGAGUCACGCGGCACUUUUCAUGGAGUACAACGUGAUCUCAUCGGAAAAUUACCCGUCCGUGGCCAGGAGAAUCGCUGAGUUGAACCGCUUCCUCAGACCACAGGUUAUUGGCUUGACUGACUCCUUUAAGAUGCCCGACUUUCUCAUAAAUUCUCCAUUGGGCAAGUACAACGGGGAUAUUUAUAACGCAUAUUUUGAUACCUUGAAGCAGCAGAACGAUGUGUCUAUAACCAAGGCACCGUACUCGCACGUGGUGGAGGGCAUGUUGAACAGAUCGGAUCUCAGCGUACGUGAGAGAAAUGAAAGAACCGAGCAAGUGAUGCGGAUCUUAAGUAAAUGA